CGAUGGGCCCUGGCGCUGGGGAACACGCCCAGACCCCAGCCAUGCCCGCACUCGCUCUGUGCCUGCUCUGGGCCCUGGCCGCGGUGGCCGGCUCUGCUCCCACGGGCCCCGCGGGCAGCCCGGAGCCCGCCCAGCACGAGGAGCUGACCCUCCUCUUCCACGGGGCCCUGCAGCUGGGCCAGGCCCUCAACGGCGUGUACAAGUCCACGGAGGCACGGCUGCAGGAGGCCGGCCGCAGCGUGGGCCUCUACGGCUACACGCUGGAACUCCUGGGCCAGGAGGUCAGCCAGGGCCGGGACGCAGCCCAGGAGCUUCGCACGAGCCUGCUGGACAUGCAGACAGAGGAAGACGCCCUACAGCUGCAGGCAGAAGCCACAGCCCAGGAGCUGGGGGAGGCGGCCCAGGCCCAGCAGAGGCUCCGGGAGAGCAUCCGGCACCUGGAGAGGCAGCUGCGGGGGGCCUGGCUGGGCCCCGCCCACCAGGAGUUUGAGACCCUAAAGGCCCACACCGACAAGCAGAGCCACAUCGUGUGGGCCCUGGCCGGCCACGUGCAGCGGCAGCGGCGCCAGAUGGCCGCGCAGGAGCGCUGGCUGCGGCAGAUCCAGGAAAGGCUGCACACGGCGGCGCUCCCGGCUUGAGCCUGCCUGGGGAUCCCGCGAGACCGGUCCACGCAGCGAGCGCCGCUGGCACGGCCCGCAAGGCCCUGCGCGGGGAGGAGCUGCCCGUGCGCAGGGGGGCUGCCAGCCCGGCGCCCGGGAGGGAGAGGAGUCGGAGGAGGCCAAGCAGGAGGCGGCGGCGGCCCGCGGGGCGCAAGGCGGGGGGGUGGGGGAGAGCAGAGACGAGGCACACGGGGACCCCCCCAAUAAAGCAGAGGGGCCGCGCGCCCCGGGUGUGUGUACCUGUA